ACGGUAGAAGACGUCCUCUUCACGCUACAGUGUACUGUUGUGUAUGAGGACGAAGGAUUCAGCUGAUUUUGCGGAUUAAUACUUUUAUUUUUUGCAUCACGCCAGCCAAACGGCUGCAGAAAAAUCAUUCUGUAUGCGGGAGAGGCGUAUGCGCCUUUUUGGAGUUUCAAAAGGUUCCCAUUCACCGUGGAUAUUUACUGUGGGACCAUUGGACUUACAAGGAAUCUUAAACCCCUCUUGUGGCAUCCUCUUCCUCCUCCUCUUCUUCCUCCUAACUGAUGUGCUGAAUCGGUAUCUCGACAAUCUGCUGGCGUUGGGGAUUAUUAUGAGAAAUCGUCGUUUUUCGUGCCUCAACAACUUUGAUGUAAACAUGUCAAUUCCAUCUCCAGUUUCAAACUAGAAACCGCUAGACAUCCGAGCAGAGAGGAUGAACGCGGUCUGGAUACUUCUCCUUUUCAUUGAGGAGGGAUUUGCUCGGGCUCAAAAGACUGCAGAUGGCGGCGCCGCGUCCAAAGGGGUGAAACCAUCUCCAAGACCUUCACGUUCUCGCUAUUGCGGGAACUGGGUGCGAAAUGCGGAUGGUGGUAGCUUCAGCUCCCCUAACUACCCCAACACCUACCCGCCCAAUAAGGAGUGCCUGUAUGUGCUGGAAGCGCUCCCCCGGCAAAGGAUCGAGCUGCUGUUCAACAAGUCCUUCUACAUCGAAGCGUCCUUCGAGUGUCGAUUCGACCACAUAGAGGUGCGCGACGGGCCCUUCAGUUUCUCGCCGCUCAUCAAUCGCUUCUGCGGUGCCAAGUGUCCCGGGCUCGUCCUCUCCAGCGGACGAUUCAUGUGGAUCCGCUUCUACAGCGACGAAGAGCUGGAGGGCAUCGGCUUCCGAGUUCACUACAGCUUCACGGCAGACCCGGAGUUCCAUCUGCACGUUGGAGGACUCCUAAACCCGAUCCCAGAUUGUCAGUUUGAGCUGUCCGGGGCUGACGGCAUGAUCCGAUCUAGUCAAGUGGAGGAAGAGUACACACUCAUGCCUGACCAGGCCGUCGACUGCAUCUGGACGAUACGUGCCCCCAAGAACAACAAGAUUUACCUAAGAUUCCUGGAGUACCAGAUGGAGAACUCCAAUGAGUGCAAGAAGAACUUUGUGGCUGUUUAUGAUGGGAGCAACGCCAUCGAGGAUCUCAAGGCCAAGUUUUGCAGCACGGUGGCCAAUGACGUCAUGCUAGACACGGGUGUGGGCGUGAUCAGGAUGUGGGCGGAUGAGAACAGCCGCCUCAGUCGCUUUCGGAUGUUGUUCACCUCUUUCUCUGACCCUCCCUGCGUAGGCCGCACAUUCUUCUGUCACAGCAACAUGUGCAUCAACAACUCUCUGGUGUGCAACGGUAUACAAAACUGUGUCUUUCCCUGGGACGAAAGCAACUGUAAAGAGAAGAAGCAGAAAGGAAUCUUCCAGCACAUGACGAGAACUCACAGUACGGUGAUCUGCGUGUCCACGGGUUUGGUUAUGCUUCUCCUGGUAAUCUCCAUUUUAGUGCAAAUCAAACAGCCGCGCAAGAAGGUGUUGGUACGCAAGAAUAACUCGUUCCAGCGCGACAACUUCCAUGCGGCGUUUGAGCCUCCGCAUUAUGAACUAUUGACGCUCAGAGAAAAGAAGCUGUCAGGAGAACUGGGAGAACUUUCCGAGGAGCUUCAAUCCCUGCAGGCCCUGAGAAGGUCAUCAUCUUCCGGUUCUCGCUGCGUUCACGAGCACCACUGCGGCUCUCAGGCUUCGCUCAACUCCAUCAAAGGCGCUCUCGGGGUGUGUCGCGGCUCUUCGGAGCCGACCCCGAUCCGUGGCGACCUGCGGAGGGGGGUGCCUUCUCUGCGCGACUCCGCCGGGAGCCUGCGAAAGAAAAGCUGGCCGAGCGUCAAAGCCACCGUCGCCCUCCGUGAUCGCGAAUGCCUGCAAGAGCGACACCACUGCGUCGUGGAGGAUCACGAAGACGACCGGGAAGCGAGCGACGGCGCCGGUUAUGAUGUUUACGUGCACGGGCCCGCUAGCAGGAGGGGUCGCUACGUAAUGACCCAACAAAGAUCUUUAUCUAUGGAUUUUUAAUAGAAUUAAACCCACCCGAACUGCUACGGUGCACCGUGUCAGCAGUCACUUUUAUGCUUACAAGCAUGUUGUUUAGUUUGCAUUUCAUUUCAUUGCCACAGAGAGAUUGUUGCUAGGGCGUGACUCGGGUUGUUAACUCCCUGGAAAAGAAAAAAUAAGGGGCACCUCAUUGGUAGAGCCGGCUGGCCUAAUAACCGUCUCCAGGCCCGAGCACCAAGUGGUGCGAGAGCCCUAUUGGAGUGCAACGGAUUUUUUUUUUUUUUUUUUCAUGGCAAAUGAAAUUGGCAUAUUUUUGGAGGCCUUAACAUGCACGAAAACUCA